GGAAAUUUGAGCGACUUGUCAAGUAGGCAACGCGCCGCCAUUGCGAAAAUUACUGUUCUUUCCUCAAAUGUAGUUCUUUCUGUGGUGAAAAAGUGUGUGAAAAAGUGUGAAAAGUGCAAAAAAGUGAAGGGGAUAUGAGUGGUCAGGAGGGCGAUAAGAUCCCUGUGGGGAAAACCAUCGCUUUCCCCAUUGAUUUGGCACCCAAAGUAGCCCUCGUAAAACCAGCUACUGAUGGAAAGCCACAAACACAGCAAACCUUUCGAACCAUUGGACAACCUCCGAUGAGACUCAUCGCGGGGGCUGUGCAGACUUCCGGAACGGCUCAGAUUAUACAGACUCAUCUUAUGCCCCAAGCAAUGAUAAAACAAGUUGACACGUCCGGAAGGACUCAAAUCACAGCCCUGCCCGCCAGAAGUCUCUCCCAGACUUCAAUAACAGUGACUCGAACACAAACUCCCACGACGUAUGUGCCACGAGGAGUCACCACUGUAACUAACAUGGCUGUAACUCGAGCUGUUGCUCCAAAUCCUCGAACCCCAACACCACCGGCUGCAAAUAUCAGUUCUACUUUUGUUAGGAGUUCUGCUCCACCCAGGACUCCCUCUCCGGCAGCAACUGUCAUCUCUCCAGUUCAAGGGGCCACAACGUGGAUGUCCGGAACGGGAGCUGUGCAAGUGCAGGUGCCGGCUCAACUGAUUCGUGCCAGUAUCAGCCAACCUCCACGUCCACCGCGAAUGUUGACGCCUGGAAGCGUCCCUAGUAGCGUCAGUACAACUGCUACCAAUACCCUCACGGCCAAUGUAGUGGCUGCUUCCCCAAAUGCUUCCGGACAGUCCGUGAGUGCCAGUCAGACAGUUAAUGUCUCUGGUGCCUCGCAACAGCAGAUUUUCGCUACCCUAGCAGCUGUGCAGUGUGCUCCGCGUCAGCAAACUGCCACUCUUGUCUACAGCAAUGUCUCCAAUCCACAGCAGCAGUUUCCUGGUCAGAGGCUGGCUGUGGCCACUUCAUUGGGUGGUCCACGACAAGUGCGUCCCAUACAGCUCAAUACAGCUCGACUGUCAGCUGCUGGAAUUGGUGUUAGGGUGAGUGCUGCCAAUAUCAGCAUCCGUGCACCUAGUGUACCAGUUUUAGCGCCAUCGAGUGUCCUCACCACGAUUCCCACUGCUGUCCAGGCUAGAACAUCUCAGGCAGCCGCUGGAGCUGGAUUGACGGCCACGGGAACACUUCCGGCCACGAGAAUAAUUCAGGUUCAACAGCCACCAACUGGAGGAACGGCCCAGGUCAUCAAUGCCAGUCGUUUGACGGGGAAUCUCAUGACUCUGCAUCCGGUCAUCAUGAAUACACCGACGGGAACUCAACGAGGUACUGCAGCUACGAGUUUGGGUACGGGCAAAGUACAGCCAUCUCUGACAAUUACACAAUUGGGGAAAUUGCCACCUCAGUCCGGGACUCAGGGUACCCAAGCACCGGCUCUGGCACAAGUUAGUGGUACACAAAGUGGCCAUCAUACAGUGUCCGGGGGAAUGGCAUUGACCAGUCAGACUAAUCAGGGAAACCAGUCAAUAGCCCAGAUUGUUAGUGUAAAUCAACAGGGGGCUAUUACGGGACAGGCUCAUCAGUUGGUUGCGGUGAGUGGAGAUACCAAGAGAAUAUCCGAGGCUUUCUUCUCUGAGCUCGAAGGAUUUAAACCUAAUUUCCAGGUUAAUCAACAGCAAAUUCUCACUGCAACGCAGAAUCCCAAUUCGGGAGGACCAACAGUCGUUCCACUGGCCAUUGCUACGCGUCCGGGAUCCAAUGUUCUGGCAGCUGGCGGGCAACAGGGUCAGGGACCAACGGUGCAGCAGGUGGUAUCGAGUCAGGCUGGUGGAUUGGUACGAACAAGUGUACCAGGAAUUGGGGUUUCUAGUGCAGCAUCAGUCAGUGGAACUCCUGUGAAUCAAUUGGUGACCGUACCACCGAUUGCAAAGGUUCUGCCGCAGCAACAGCAGCAACAGCAGCAGGUGUCUUCGGCUGAGGUACCGAGUGUUUUCAUCCAACGUCCAGCAUCAUCAGCCGGAGUUACUCCGUCUGCUACUGUUCCCGGUACAGUGACUGGAGUACAGUUAGCACUGACAUCUUCCAGCAGCGGCACUGUAACGAGUCUCAGCUAUUCGGCAGCAGGGGGCUCCUUUGCUGUCGUCGGUGGCAAUCGACAGAUUCACGGACUAGUGCCAUCGACUUCUGGAGCUGGUGGUCAAGUGACAAGUGUUCAGACGGUGCCAGUGAGAUUCCAGCCACAGCUAAUAGUAGACAGUUCAACUCCAGGACAGCCACAGCAUCAAAUUAUAACAAUGACACAACCGCCAUCUAGUAUGCAGCAGCAACAUAUGAUAAUUCCCGUGCCGGCUAAACUAGCGCCAUCUACCAGCCCAAGGCCAAGCAUUUUGCGCAAAAGGGACAACGAAGGAGUCUGUUUGCAGCCUAAGGGCGUAAAGAAUCUUGUGCCCAUUCUGCAGUCAAUGGGAGGCAACAAAUCAGUGACAGCAGCAGUUGCUGGAGAGCCAGAAAAGGAAAAAGAGGUGAAGAUGCUAGAACAACCAGCAUCACCAAGACCACCGUCAACGGAUGGUUCGACAACUGUUAGUGCAACAUCGAGUCCAGGACUCGAACAGCAGCAACAGCAACAGAUGCCAGAUCCCGAGGAGAUUUCCAUGGCCCUGAGAGUUCAGAGUGAGCUGGCCUAUACGACAAUGAGUGCAGCAUUUGCAAGUGUAGACAGUAGAUCGGUAAAUCAGCAAAACAAUACAAAUGAAGCAGCUGCAGAGGCAUCACCGAGGAAAAAACCAAGAAAGCAGCAACUAGAAGCCACCACGAGUCAGCCGGCGGAACAGACAAAACCGCCGCAGGCACCACCACAAACUCAGGUUAACAACAAGGAGAACAACAAUCAGGCUGAAGUGACCAUUAAGAAGCCACGAACGUGCUCACUGCUCGAAACAUACAAGCAGAACUGGAAAGCAGCCAACAAUCAUUUCCAGCGGUAUUCGGAUGUGAAGCCAAGGGAGGAGAGGAGACCAUCGGUGAUGGACUUGGCGAAUCAAGCUCAUGUGCUGCAGAAAGUCAAUGGAUGGAAAAUUUAUCAUUUGAGCGCCCAAAUGGAGGAUCUGUGUGAGUUGGAGUCUCAAGUGUACGACAAAUUGUCGUCGAUGCUGCAAGUGAUGGAGGCUCAUGAGCAGAGUCCGGACGUUGAUCGUGUUAAUGAUCUCCUAAAAGGAAACAUGCAAAGGAGUAAAGUGAUCAUAGAUGGCGUCAAUGAGGCUCGAGGGCAGAUAAUGAAGAUAUUUGAUCACAAAUCCCAUGUCUCAGACAUCAUCCAUCGCUGUGCAUCCAAGAGGAACUUCAAGAAAAGGGAGAAAACUUAAAUGAAAACUCUUAAAUGUGUGAAAUAAAAUUGUACACAUUUUACUUAUAAAUUUAAAGAAAAAAAAGAGGAUUUUAUCAUCUAAAUAAAAUGAUUGAAUCUUU